GCCGCCACCGUGUUAUGGGCAUGCGCAACUGCCUCCACGGCAAUAAUAUGCCAGGACAACGCGAUAUCCCCCCUGAAAUCGGGGAACAGCCCGAACAACAACCUUUGGAGGCCCCAGGGGCAGCUACCCCCAGUGCUGGGCCUGGCGCAGCCGAAGAGAUGGAGGCCCAACCGUCUCACAAUGAGCCCGUCUCCUUCGAGGUUGAGGGCGAGGUCGGUGGACGCCCAGAGGUCUCCCCGCCCAACGUCCAGGGCCUCCGCCUGGGAACUGAGGAAGAUGGAGCCUGUGGAAACUACAGCCCACCCCCUGAAGAAGCCAUGCCUUUCGAGGUCGAGCAGCCCAGCGUGGGAAUUUUCUGGGCUUCGCAGGAGCAGCCUGGAUCCUCCAGUGGGGCCCCUGCGGCCCUUGAGACCUCCCGCGCAGGGCUCGGGGAGCCCGGAUCGUUCGAUGGUGAGAGGCCGGGUCAGGGAAGCUACAGCCCUCCACCAGAAGAAGCUAUGCCCUUCGAGUUUGACCAGCCUGCGCACGGAGGCUGCAGCCCACCUGUCUUGCAGAUCUCAGACCUUGCUUCAGGCGGUCCAUGUUCAGGGGUCCCCGAAGCUCCCGAGGAGCCCCGAUCCUUCAGCGCUGAAAAUGCUGGCUUCGGAGGAAGAUACAGCCCUCCCCCUGAGGAGGCUGUGCCAUUUGAGCUUGAUGGAGGGGCAUUUGGGGACGACAGCCCACCCCCCGGGCUCCCCCGAGUUAUCCCAGAAAUCGAUGGUGACGGCCAGUUCGCGGCUGCCGCGGUCCAGAGUACGGUCUGCCUCGCUCCCGCCGCAAACGCGCCUCCUCUGCGGGUCCCAGACGCCAUCGGCAGCCCAUCCCGCGAGGCUGUCAGACCUCCUAACUUCGCCGGCGACAGCCCCCGGAUGGAGAUCUCCGGACCCCGGCUCAAGAUUGGUAGAUCCCCCGUUGGGGUCGACGACGCUCCUGUCAACAUGGACAGCCCCCCAAUCGCGAAAGAUGGCCCGCCCAUCGAGGUCUCGGGAGCCCCAGAUAAGAGGGAGCGAGCAGAGAGACCCCCAGUCGAGGGAGCCGCAGCCGAGAUGGAAGGAGGCUCAGCGACCGCCGGUGCGGAGCAAGGAAAUGUCCCCUCUCCGGGGGACGGAUCCCCUGCCACCGGGGCAGCCCCUGCUGCGCCAACAGAUCCUGGCUCCGGGGCAGCCCCUGCCGCGCCAACAGAUCCUGGCUCCGGGGCAGCCCCUGCGGCGCCAACAGAUCCUGGCUCCGGGGCAGCCCCUGCCGCGCCAACAGAUCCUGGCUCCGGGGCAGCCCCUGCCGCGCCAACAGAUCCUGGCUCCGGGGCAGCCCCUGCCGCGCCAAGCGAUCCCGACGCCCCAGCGGAUCCUGGCUCCGAGGGAGCCACUGUCGCCCCAGCCGAUCCAGCCGUCACCAGGGCAGCCCCGGCGGCCCCAGUCGAUCCCGACACCCGGGCAGUCUCUGCUGCGCCAAAGGUUCCUGACGCCGCCGGGACAGCCCGAGCCGACCCAGACUCCGGAGGAGUCCCUGCCGCCCGAGCCGAUCCUGACUCCCGGAGAGCCCCAGUCGCUCCAGCCGAUCCAGCCGCUGCCCGGGCAGUCCCUGCUGCCCCAGCCAAUCCUGGCCCCAGGGCGGCCCGCGCCGCGCCAGCCGAUCCUGAGAUCCGGCGAGUCCCGUUCGAACCAACAAUACGGGCAACCUUCACCGGCCGAGCCAAUCCUGUUGUCCGAUCCUUCUCUACGGCUCCCAUCGCCCGGGCACCCCCUGCGGCCCGGGCAGCCCCUAUCCCCCGAGCAGCACCCAUCGCCCGGGCAGCCUCGGUCGCCGCGGUCUCCGGGGCCAGCCGCAGUCUCCAUUUCCUCAGGCCCCCCAGCCCCGAGAUUCAGGUUGCUGACCCGCCUACUCCGCGGCCUACUCGGGCGCCCGCCUGGCGGGGCAAAUUGGAACGCGGCCGCAGCCACCUCCGCUACGAAGCACCGGGGCAGAUCGACGACUCCUCCAGCGAUGAGUCCGAGGACGGGGCCACCGGAUGCUUCCAGUGGCUUCAGCGCCGAGAUCGCCGCCGCAGAAAGCCGCAGCGCAACUUAUUCCGCAACUUCAUCUCCCAAACCUUCGGGGGCUGCUUCGGCGGAUGUGGGGGUCCCCAGCCCAGAGGCGCGAGCUCCUCCAAGGUCAAGAAGGACUAUGUGGUUGACCAGCGCAGACAGAUGCGCAAAGAAGCCAUUGAGAUGCGCACCCAGACGCGCGCAGCGAAGACACGCAGCAAGCUCAUCGACAAGCAACUCGAGGAGGAGAAGAUGGGCUACGUGUGCACGCACCGCCUGCUGCUUCUAGGUGCUGGAGAAUCUGGUAAAAGCACCAUUGUGAAGCAGAUGAGGAUCCUGCAUGUUAAUGGGUUUAAUGGAGAGGGCGGCGAAGAGGACCCGCAGGCUGCAAGGAGCAACAGCGAUGGUGAGAAGGCCACCAAAGUACAGGACAUCAAAAACAACCUGAAGGAGGCUAUUGAAACCAUCGUGGCAGCCAUGAGCAACCUGGUGCCCCCCGUGGAGCUGGCCAACCCUGAGAACCAGUUCAGAGUGGACUACAUUCUGAGCGUGAUGAACGUGCCUGACUUUGACUUCCCACCUGAAUUCUACGAGCAUGCCAAGGCUCUCUGGGAGGAUGAAGGAGUGCGCGCCUGCUAUGAGCGCUCCAACGAGUACCAGCUGAUUGACUGUGCCCAGUACUUUCUGGACAAGAUUGAUGUCAUCAAGCAGGCCGACUACGUGCCCAGCGACCAGGACCUGCUUCGCUGCCGUGUCCUGACCUCUGGAAUCUUUGAGACCAAAUUCCAGGUGGACAAAGUCAACUUCCACAUGUUCGAUGUGGGCGGCCAGCGCGAUGAACGCCGCAAAUGGAUCCAGUGCUUCAAUGAUGUGACUGCCAUCAUCUUCGUGGUGGCCAGCAGCAGCUACAACAUGGUCAUUCGGGAGGACAACCAGACCAACCGCCUGCAGGAGGCUCUGAACCUCUUCAAGAGCAUCUGGAACAACAGAUGGCUGCGCACCAUCUCUGUGAUUCUGUUCCUCAACAAGCAAGAUCUGCUCGCUGAGAAAGUCCUUGCUGGGAAAUCGAAGAUUGAGGACUACUUUCCAGAAUUUGCUCGCUACACUACUCCUGAGGAUGCUACUCCCGAACCUGGAGAGGACCCACGCGUGACCCGGGCCAAGUACUUCAUUAGAGAUGAGUUUCUGAGAAUCAGCACUGCUAGUGGAGAUGGGCGCCACUAUUGCUACCCUCACUUUACCUGCGCUGUGGACACUGAGAACAUCCGCCGUGUGUUCAACGACUGCCGUGACAUCAUCCAGCGCAUGCACCUUCGUCAGUACGAGCUGCUCUAAGAAGGGAACUCCAAAUUUAAUGAGAGCCUUAAGCACAAUUAAUUAAAAGUGAAACGUAAUUGUACAAGCAGUUAAUCACCCACCAUAGGGCAUGAUUAACAAAGCAACCUUUCCUUUCCCCUGAGUGAUUUUUGCGAAACCCCUUUUCCCUUCAGCUUGCUUAGAUGUUCCAAAUUUAGACAGCUUAAGGCGGCCUACAGAAAAAGAAAAAGGCCACAAAAGUUCCCUCUCACUUUCAGUAACUAAAAUAACAGCAGCAAACAGAAAUAAAAUAAAUGAAAUAAAUGAAA